CUGUGGUUUCCCCGCGGCACGUCGUUGUCGGAAUUUCCGCUCCGAUCCGAUCUCAUAUGUUGUAUGAUUACUAUUUUGUGUAUAUUUUCGGUGUUGAUAAAAUUUAUUAGUGCAUUUCAAAGCCGAUUGGAAGAAAGUGUUGUUUAUUCUUCACAGUCCGCAUUUAUUUUUCGAAAUCCACCGAUAAAUGAGUGAAAAUGGCCUUGAAUCCUGAGACAAUUGAAGAAGACUCAUUUAUUAUCUUGGGUACUUCCCCGGGCACUAGUUUGGACCUAAAGUGCAAUGGCAACGGUAUCCUGAGCGACGGGCCUUUAAACAAGUCACAGAUAGAGGAUGCCAUGAAAGACCUGUCUACAGAGGCCAGCAUGGCUUUUAAAGCCACAUUCAAGCUGGGUGAUUGUCCAUCCCCAGCUUCCCUUAUGGUAGCCAGCACCAUAAUCUCUGAAGACAAAAGCACCGAGGAACUCCAAAAGCGCUUCGGAGAAAUUCUCGACGAGAAUGUCCUUCUCAAAGAGACGUUGAAGCAGAAUAAUGAGUCUAUGAAGGAACAGUUCUGUCUCAUAGCGUCUUGUCAGGAAGACAUGAUGAAGACACACUCGCUACAUAAGGAGAAGUUUGAUGAGACUAGGGAACUGGUUGAAAAGUUGCGUCAAGAAAACAAGAAACUGAAGCAAGAAAUAGCUCAACUUAAAGAAACCAAAGUGAACACUGAGACUGGGGAGACAGACAAGGUCAAAUCAGGCCCUCCGUCCGCCGUAGAGUUCGUGACGUGCCCUGAUGAUGACACGAUUAACAAACUCACAGCGCAGUUGGAGUUAGUCGAGAAACAGCGACGUCAGGUGAUAGUUGACAACGAGAAACUGACCUGGCAAAAGGAGUCCCUGGAACAUAUUGUGGACGCCACCUCCAAAGAACGAGAUGACCUCAAAGAAAAACUUAAAGACGUCGAGCUACAACUGUCAGGCAAAGAUAGCGACCACGCCGCUGAGAUGCACAUGUUGAAAUGCACCAUACAAGACCUUCAAGGCCGUCUGCAGUCUACCAGCAGCAUUACAAGUCAGUCUUCGGAAGAGAUAAAAAGGCGUGAUGCUUUGAUCCUGCAGAUAGAAACCAAACUGUCAUCUCUGCAGAGCGACUACAAAACUUCACAGUUGAAGGUCCUAGAACUUGAAAAUGUUAAGAUGGAGUUUUCGAAACACAAGUCCGGGACGGCGGAGGUAGUGAAAAUAUACAAGGACCAAAUACAAGAUCUGCACAACAGGCUGAAGGACGCACAGAUUACACUGUUCCAGCCAGUCCGUCUGUCCAUCAGUCCGGAUGCGGAAAGCCCUAGUGAAUUCUCCAGCUACCUCGCCAAUGUUAAAUUAUACGACAGGACACUCAAACAUCUGGCCGAGCUACUGAAUGGCUUAGUUCACGGUGCAUCAGACAGCCUAGUUCAGACGAUAGGCUUGGUGGCGAGUCUCCACGAUUUUAAGCUGGAGAGGACGAAUGUUGAGCAAGUGCGCGCCGGACUAGCCGACGUUAAGCAACAGCUGGACAAGCAGUACAGCAACGCGCUUAACAACAUUGGCCAAGUACGCAGCACCCUGACAAUAUUCGAAGGCAUCUUCAAAGACUACAACGAGUUGCUGAAGAAAUCGCUGACCAUGCAAAAUAGACCUUCAAGUGGCGCCAACGUGGAAGCGCUAACUACAGCUCUGCUCGCUAGAGGGCAGGAGGUGUCUUCUCUCACUCUAGAACUGAAGAAUCUGCGACAGCAGAAAGAAGAAGUAGACGUACUGAAAGCUCAGCUAGACCUUUACAAGAGCGAUUUCGAAGCCGAGCGCACGGCGCGCGAGAUGAUGGCGGUGGAGAAGGAGCACAUCCUCACCGACCUGCGCACCAGCCAGCGCCGCAACCAGGAGCUCGCGCACAAACUCGAACAGAACCCGACCAGUGUCAACAGCAUGAGUCCACAGACCAGACCAAAUCCCCGGCCUACCGGAUCGCGUCCGACCACUGUCGUCCGGACCACGCCGAACAGUUCACCUUCUUCGAUAACACAGGGCAACACUACAGGAAACAUGGUCCGCAAAAAGAAGAAGCUUUCCAACGAGCCAGCACCAAAAGAGAAAGAAGGGGUACAACCCCCGAAAGUCCCGAAGGAAGGGGUACACCCCAAAGAGGCGAAAGAAGUGACGCCGCCCCCUCUGCGUUUCGACUGCCCGGUGUGCGACGAGCCAUUCAAGACGCUCGUGUUGUUAGAACAACAUGUUGACCACUGCUUAUUGUAGCGAUAUAACUCUCUGUAAUCACGGACUAAGAAUGACGUGAAGUUAACUUCGAACACUUUUUAAACUAUUUUCUAUCCGACAAACAUGAACGUAGGUAUAUAAGACCCUUUAGCACAACUUGUCGCGCGCGAGUCCAUACAUCAAGCGCGACUUCAAGUAUAGACUCGCGCGCGACAAAGCAAGUUGUGCUAGAGGGGCUGUAAAGACGGCUAAAACAGCUAAACGGGUGGGUUCCGAAUUUCUAGGAGCCUAGCAGAAUCUGACUAGGAAAUAAACUCAAGCUUGUCAAGGGGAAUUUUUAAUUUACACAGGCAUUUUUGACUAACAUUUUGGCCGUGCAUUUAGAAAAAAUAUUUAUGUUUCAUUACAAAUAUUUAUGGCACAGUUCGUUUUUAGUUACAUAAUUUAUUUUAUAAUAUUUUAGCUAAAUAAAUGACUAUAUAUCAAUCCUUGUAA